ACAUUUGACAUUUAUGAGUUGUCAUUAAAAAAAAAUUAUUUUGCCACACAGGUUUUUCGUUUACAGUUUUUUGAGUUUAAGUGUUUUUCCACGGAAAGUGAAUUUAUUAUGUCAGAAACACCGCAGCAAUUAAUGAAAAUUGCGUUAAGCCUGAACAAUGACGAAAAGCCUGAAACCGAGUCACAAAUGGAGAUACCCGCAGCAAAGGUGCGGUCCGGCCUAGCCGAAUUGGAAUUGCAGACAAGCAGAGCAAUGCAACGAUUAGAAAACAUAAAAUCAAUACCAGAGAAUCCGAUUGCAUUGCCGACAUUGGGUCUACUGCAUCAGGAACGAAAGGCACCGGCCGAAAUAUUCUCAUUCUUAGAAACACUGAUUGCUCAAUCAGAUCAAACCGACGAUGACAGUGAAUUUUUCAUUUUGCCCCCAUUGGAUGAAGUGUCACAUUUAGCAUUGUUAUCACAUAGCAUCGUGGCUUAUAUGAGCCAUUUGGAUUAUAGAAAAUUAUCGAAGAUAACGUCAAAGAUCUGUAACGACACAAAUCGAUGGUUAGCUCACUUGUUCCGUUUUAUCGAUGCUAACGCGUCUUAUCAUAUAGAUAGUACGGAAAGUAUUUUAAGAGCCGUACGUCUUGCUAUUGUUACAAGAUGUCCUGGCUAUUUAGAGGGAGGCGUUCCAGCGUUAGCCAACCCAUGCCUUUAUAUAUCUGAGAAUAGUUCGCUUGCCGGUUUACAAUAUGCGUGUCGUCAAUUAGGCUUGCCGCUCCAUUGCAUUCGGCUGGUACCAUCUAAUACAGCAUUCGGCGCUAUCGGAGCUAUGGAUAUAUCGGCAUUGCAGAAGUUAAUUGCAAGCGAUUUGGUGGCGAACCGUACCCCAUUGUUUUUGAUUGCCGACACGGGUUCGUCAAUGUGUGGCUACGUGGACAAUAUUAUGAGACUGCAGGAUGUUUGUCGGGCUAAUUCGAUAUGGUUGCAUUGUCGUGGACACAGUUUGGCUGCUAUUGCCGUCACACAGGGCAGUGGUGAAGUGAAACCGAUAGCCGAUUCUAUUUCGCUGAAUUUAGGCAGCUGGUUAGGCAUUCCGAAUUUACCAGUGGCUCUUUUGCAUCGUCAAAUUCAAAAUGUGGCUUUAUCCGUAUUCGAAUCAGAUCCGGUUCUCUCCAGACGAUUAUCUUCGUUGUCAUUAUGGACCACAUUACAGGCGCUCGGCCGAGAAACUAUAUCGGCAAGAAUAAUCAAAGCUUUCGAUUCAUGCCGCAUUAUGUACGACAUUGUGUCUCGAUGCCCGGGAAUACGAGUUUUGAGUAAAGCACCAGGUGGUGAAACAAAGACAACCAUAACGGAUCUAGUGAUGAAACCAAUAAAUUUUCCGUUGUUGUUCGAAACAGCUAUAGCCGUAGUAGUAUUUCAAUUCGAUGGAAGUCAGUCGGAUUCGACAGACGAAAAUAGCGUCGAUCAAAAUUCAACUAAUGCAUCGGCAUCCCAGGAUCUAACUCAGAACAUAAUAAACAAAUCGAUCGAAAAAGUGGCCAAUAUUUCUUACUUCGAUAAACUUAAUUCAUGGCUGGGACAAAACUUGCAACGGGACUGUUCGGAUGUUGAACUGGAAAUUGUCGAUCAUCAAAUAUACGGAACAUGUAUUCGUUUUUGUCCGUUAGAAUUGGGCUUAGGCGAUUCGGCACCAUCACUCGAAAUGUUGGAGAACGUUGCCAGUUGCUUGGAAGCUCAAAUUGAAAUUUUACGAGCGACGGUUAAGCAUCGUGGUACUUUGAAUAAAUUAGUCGAAAAGAACGAAGUGUUGAGAUUGGUUCAUCUGACGGAUUGGGCUGGAUUGGGUGGUGUUCGAUUCGUGCCAGAGGGCUGGGAAACACUGCUGACCGAUCAGGCUAAAACUGAACUAAAUAAAUUGAAUACGGAUUUGGUGGAAACGUUACGGAAUACGGACAAUGCCUUUUCGUUGGGUGAAGCUGAUGGAUUGAUUUGUGUGAGAUUCGGAAUGGUAACUGAAGACACAGAUGUUGAAGAACUGUUAGAACUUGUGAUAUCGGUGGGAAAACGGGUACAAGAAAACUCUAAGGUGCUGGAUACCAUGUCGGAAAUUGUGAAGAAGGGCAUCGAAACAGCGACUGCAGAUCUGCAACGCGAAUCUGAAGAAAAACUUUGGUCGGAUGGCAUUCUUCGGCAUGUUCCAGUUUUCGGACAAGUAGUGAAUUGGUGGUCUCCACCGAAAGAAACUGGCAUCAAAGGUCGAAGUCUUAAUUUAACGCAAGGUGUGGUCGAAAGCACUGAAAAUAUUUACAAAUACCAUAUGCAAUUGGCCGGUAGUGGUAAUCAAAUUCACGGAACGAAAAGUCCGCCAACACCAAUGGUUCAAACGUCAAUGGUGAGCGCUAGUCAUUCGCGGAAUGUUAGUCAAAGCAGUGGUACAUCCAAUGCGGAUACUACGACCCAACCACCCGCUCCAGUAUAGAAAUAAAUGAUAAAAGAAUGAAACUGUUCCGAGUGUUUUUAGAAAAUCGUGUGGAACAAUUUAAACAAUGAAAAAUUCCAAAACUAA